CAGUCUGUGAUGAUGCUGGGCAGAGUCUGGUCGAAACCGAAAGUUAAAAGCUGACGGGGGACUUCCAUGUUUCAGUGUUGUGUGCAACCUUGACAUGUCUUUGGAAUCUGAAAUGUCCAGAGGAAAUAUUUUGGAUUCAAAAAGCAACAAGGAGAAAACAGGUUUUGAAGUGAAACAGCAGCAGCAGUAGAAAUGUCUGAGAAGAAGAAGAUGAAGAGGAAGCCAUCCACCUCUACCUCCAGCUCUGCCUCUUUGACAUCUGAACAGCCAGUCAGCUCCUGCAGUGAGCCCCCAAACAGUUCACAGAUGGGUGAAGCCAAGUCCUCGAGUCCCAGUUGUGUCUCUUUAAAGAGUGAUGCAUCCAUGUACCAGCCGAUCAGCUUUGGUGAUGAGAAGUUAAAACGGAAGUCCACUGCUCCCAGUCUUGUUUCGAUGAAGAGUGAUGCAUCCAUGUAUCAGCCAAUCAGCUUUGGUGUUAAAAGGACACAAAGCCAGCUGCCUGGAGAGCCGUCCAGCUGUUCAGUGUGUAUGCAGGUUUUGAGGGAUCCGGUCCAUUUCAGCUGUGGACACUGGUCAUGCAAACACUGUAUCAGCUCAGACUGGGACCAGGAUGAUUCACCAGCAGACUACUGCUGCUCAAAGUGUGGAAAGAAACCCAGAAAAGAUCACGAACAGCACACUGGGACCAGCCCCGUUUUGAAAGCCAAGAAGAAUCUUAAAGAAGCAAUGCAAAAUAAAUUUACUUUGAUAUGUGAAGAUGAUGGGGAACCAGGGACCUCCCUGAACAAAAUCUACUCAGAACUCAUCAUCAGGACUGGAGAGAGUGAAGGGCCACAUGAAGAACAUUCGUUCAGACACAUUAAACAUAAAUUGGAACGACGAUCAUCUUCUAAAACGUUUAUCAACCUCAGUGACAUCUUCAAACCUCUGCCUGGCCAAGAGAAACCCCCCAGAACAGUCCUGACGAAGGGCGUUGCAGGCAUUGGAAAAUCAUUCGCAGUGCAGAAAUUUAUUCUUGACUGGGCCGAGGAGAAAGAGAACCAGGACUUGGAUUUUGUUUUCAGUCUCGCUUUCCGAGAGCUGAAUUUGAGUUCAGGUAACAAAAGCUUGCACCAACUCCUGACUGAAUUUCACCCUGCGCUCCACGAUCUGAAAGAUUCAGAGGAUUUCAUCAGAGCCAGAAUCCUGGUGAUCCUGGACGGCCUGGAUGAAAGCAGACUUCAGCUGGACUUUGAGAACAAGCCGGUAACAUCUGUCAGUGAAGUAACAUCUGUGGGAAAUCUCCUUGCAAACCUCAUCCAGGGAAACCUUCUUCCUGAAGCUAACCUCUGGAUAACAUCCCGUCCAGCAGCAGCCAAUCAGAUCCCUGCAGAGUUGGACAUGGUGACGGAGAUAAGAGGGUUCAGUGACCCACAGAAAGAGGAGUACUUCAGGAGGAGGUUUCAUCAGGACUUGGGUCUUGCUGACAGGAUCAUUUCACACAUUCGCUCUUCACAGAGUCUGGACCUCAUGUGCCAGAUCCCGAUCUUCUGCUGGAUUUCUGCCGUAUUAUUUCAGGAGAGCUUUGGGGGAGACGAGACAGCUGAAGUUCCUCAAACUCUAACAGAGAUGAUGGCACAUUUCCUGUUUGCCCAGAUGAAACGCAGAAGCAGAAAAUAUGACAAGAAGACUGAGAGAAACAAAGAGACACUUCUGAAAACUCACAAGGAAUUUCUUCUGAAACUCGGCAAGCUCGCAUUUGUUCAUCUGCAGAAGAACAACCUCAUCUUCUAUGAUGAAGACCUAGAAAAAUGUGGGAUUGACAUAAAAGAGGCAGCCAUCUACUCUGGACUUUGUAACACAGUUCUUAGGGAAGAAGACGUCUUUUCUCAGAAAAAGGUCUUCUUCUUUGUGCACCUGACCAUACAGGAGUUCUUUGCAGCUCUUUUUGUCUAUGACUGUUUCACAAACAAGAAUACAAAAGAGCUCGGCGACUUCCUCGACCUGAAGGACAAAGAACAUACUUUGCUUGAUCUUCUAAAGAUGACAGUUGUUAAAGUGUUGGAGAAGAAGAACGGCCACCUGGACUUCUUCCUGCGGUUCCUCCUUGGCCUCACGGUUGAACCCAACCGGAGAGUCCUUCAGGGUCUGCUGACAUCGCCGGACCCAGGCCAAGAUACAGACAAGAAAGUAUUGACUCACCUCAAAGCCAUCCGAAGGAAGACCCUCUCUCCAGACAGUUGCAUCAACCUCUUCCAGACCAUGGUGGAGAUGAGAGAUCACAAAGUCAAAGAUGAGAUUCAGGAAUAUCUGACAUUGUCAGAUGGUUCAAAAACAGAGCUGACUCCCCUGCACUGCUCUGCACUGGCCUACAUGCUGCAGGUAUCGAAGAAUGAUCUGGAUGUGUUGGACUUGAAGAGUUACAACACAUCAGAUGAAGGCAGGAGGAGGCUGAUACCAGCUGUGAGGAGCAGCAGAAAGGCCAUACUAGCAGACUGCAAAGUGACUGAAGAGUGGGUUGAACAUCUGGCUUUUGGUCUCAAGUUCCCCUACUCACCUCUAAGAGAUCUGGAUCUGAGCAACAAUGACCUGAAAGAUUCAGGAGUGAAGCUGCUCUGUGAUGGACUGUCGAGCCAACGCUGCAGACUGGAAAUAAUGAGGUUGUCAGGUUGUCUGGUCACAGAGAAAGGCUGUGGUCAUCUGGCCUCGGCUCUACGGUCCAACCCCUCCCAUCUGAAAGAGCUGGACCUGAGCUACAACAAUCCAGGAGACUCAGGAGAGAAGCUGCUCUCUGAGCUGAGGGACGAUCCACAAUACAAGCUCAACACACUCAAUGUUGAACAGGGUGGAAGUCACCGGAUGAAACCAGGAUUCAAGAAAUAUGCCCGUGAGCUCACUUGGGAUCCCAACACAGCCCACAAGAACCUCCUUCUCUCUGAAGGGAACAGAAAGGUGACCUGGGUGGAAGAGGAGCAGCCACAUCAUCAUCACCAAGAAAGGUUUGAUCAGUGCCAACGGGUGCUGUGUGAACAGGGUCUAGACGGACGCUGCUACUGGGAGGUCGAGGUGUUGGAGCCCUUCAACAUCGGGUUAACGUACAGAACCAUUGGCAGGAGAGGGGAAGUGGAUGAUUGUAAGCUGGGACGCAACGACAAGUCUUGGUGUCUGUUUUGCUCUGAAAAUGGUUGUUAUGUUUUGCACAACAACAAGAGUAUCACUGUAUCGUCUCUGUGCUGUCGCUCCAGUCGAGUGGGAGUGUAUCUGGAUUGUCCGGCUGGCACUCUGUCCUUCUACAGAGUUUCCUCUGACAGUAGAGUCUGCCUCCACACCUUCAAAACAGAGUUCACUGAGCUGCUCUAUCCUGCUGUUGAACUUCACAUUCAGUCCUCUGCAUCAUUCUGUCAGCUAACAUGAACUUUCACUGCAUUCACAAGAGCAACACGGGUGAAGAAUUGCUCAUGGACAGUGAGGUCAUCUCCUAUAAAAUCAGGAGACGUUCUUAGCAAUAUUUUUAGCAAUCUAGACUUUUAGAAAACACACAGAGUUAACCGCUCUUAUCUGUUGGUAUCAUGUCUAAGCAGGUUUAUCUCUGCAAAAGAAGGAAUAUCGAUGGAGAAAGAUGGGAAGAAGGUAUAAGAUAUAAAGAAGAUUGACACACCAGCAGGCUGUAAACUUUGAAUACAACAGGGAGUUUGAAGCAGCCCCAGGGGUCGUGGUCAUCACUCUUCAACCCCCAGGUAUUAAGUUUAAAAGGUUUAGCUGCGAAACUCAUAAUUUUAAAGUAUUUAUAGAUUAACAAAGUCAGUAAUCAUGGUCAAUGAUGAAUACAUUUAGUUGCUCCGCAUACUUGACAACCUCCAGAGGUCUAAUAAUAAUAAUAAUUUAAACCAGGUAUCUGAUAAUCUUUCCCCAGAAAGUUGUUUUUCAUUGCAUUCUAGUGAAUUUAUGGAGUAAUCUGGAGGGUUAAAUGUACAAGCAGGUGUUGAAUUGUGUUAACAUACAUCUAUUAACAGAUGCUAUUGUGAUUUGAUUUUCACAGUUGAAGCAUUCAUCUAGUUUGGGAACUGAGGGGAGGAUUUUAAUAACCAAUUGUUCAUUUCUACAUGCUUAUAAAAUAUUCUAAAAUAUUCUCAACUUAAAAGCAACACAUUAUGAUCAUAAUUUCUAUCAUGCUUUGUUUAAUCAUUAAGGUAAUAAUUUAAAAUGGUACAUAUAUAUGAGAAAAAGCUGUCUUACUUUCUGCACUUUUAACCCAGAAUCUGACUGAACAUCACAUGCUGCCGUUUUCAAGUAAGAAUAUAAGCGAUUGCAUAAAUAUGGACAAUGUUUAUUACAUUAUCACAGAUAAUGUUCCAUUAUCAUCUUCAAUCACGAUGUAUAAGAAAUGAAUUGAAAUAUGAAAUAUAUGUAUAUUUUAAGAAGUCUCAUACAGUUUUCCUGCUUUAGUUUUUGAGGAGCUGUUGCAUCUGUAUAUAUUUGUAUAAACUGCUGACUGUCCAGUAUAAUCUCCUUAAAACACCUAUGUUUCUGUACCACACUUUAUACUCUACUUUGAAUUAAAAAGCAUUAAGAUAA